AUGCUUCUGCAAUUAGACGCAAGUCCAAAAUCCCUUCCCUCCUCCCCCCUUGCCCAGGUGGUGGUGUUUUCUCUCGUUCUCCAAGUGCCUCCUGUUCUUGCCCGCGUCUGCCGUAUUAAAAAGAUUGAUGAAGAACGGUGGAAGGCGGCACAGAUGACGUCCCGUUCCAGCCUCUCCCCCCGCAACAACAUCUCCGCCUUCGAGGCCGUCCUCGAGAGCGGGAGCUUCGACACCGGCAGCCCGCGGAGCUCCGGGGGAUCCCCCCACCACUCCCCGCGUGCCGGCGCCCUCUCCUCCCGCGUCGGACGCAGCUCUUUCGGCGGGUACGGCGAAGAAUACAGCUCGGAUGCUGGAGGGGGGUCCCCCCGAGCUAGCACCGUCUCCCCCCGGGCAGGGGUCCCGGCUGGCAGCCCCCGGGCGGGGGCAGUGCCGCUGAGGGUGAGCCGGCACCAUGUGCGGCAGUCUCCUCUGCGCCGGUCGACGAGCACGCGGCCGGCGAGCGUGACGAUCCGGCUGAGCUGGCGCGUGUGGUUUCUGGUGGUCAGCGUGUUGGGUAUGGCGUUGCUGCUUAUCGCGAUGCUGAGGAUCGACCCGAAGGCGUACGACGCGGAGCGGGGGAGGGGGUUCGGGUGGGGCGCGGAGAGCCGCGCGAUGCUCGAGCAGGUCUGGGAGGGGCGCAAGGUGAACCUCGGGAGGAUGGGGGGGGAGGGGUUUCAGAAGCUGGAAGAUACCGGGGAAGUGUGGGAGGAGGACUUUGUCGACGACUUCGUGCAUUCUGUCGGGAAUGGAAGCGGGGCGGCGAGCGCACUGAAUCGGAUGGACAUGCCGAUGCGGCACAUUCACGGGAAGACUGAGCCGUGCCUUCUGCUCUCCCCCCCUGAAAGAAUCGAGAAGCUGCGGCUACCCCCCCCGACCCCGGGGCCUGUAAAGAAGCUGCUCUACUACUCCCUUCCCCCCGAAAAGAAGAUUGUGGCGGAGCCAGGGACUGCAGAAGGGGAGGACUCUGGUCCGGGGGGUUUGGCCUGGAUGUUUACAGGAAACCAAUCGUUGGAAGAGCGGCGGAGGAGCUUUGAGGUACGGGAACAGAUGGAGGUGUACUGCGGGUUUGCGGAUUCCGUGCCUGAGGAGUGGCGGCCGAGCGAUGCGGAAGCUGAGGGGGUGGGGAGGGGAGAUCGUGUGGCAGGCAGACGGCUUCUUGCAUUGUCGGAGGAGGGAGAAGUCGAUUCCGAACAGGCAACGUCUGACUUCGAAGGGUUGCCGUUAGAGAGAGGGGUUGCUGAUCUGGGGGUUUUUGAAAGCCCUCACCAGGAGAGACGGCCCGUGAGAGGGCUCCUCGAGUUUGAUAUGGGGGCUGGUGCCAUAGGCGAGAGCAACUUAAUGGGGGCAGAGGAAGGGAAAGACGCGAGUAAGGAGGCUGGGGGAGAGGGCGAGAGCGCUGUAAGCGAAAGAUUGGCGGGCAGUGGGCCAUUCUUUCAAAUGGACGAGAGGGAUAUGAUCGACAUUCGGCGGUGCAAGGUAGCCGUGAUUACGGCGGCGUUUGGGGGCGGGGACGAGCUGUACCAGCCGAUAGGCGCAACAAAAGUUGCGCUGAAGAAGGUUUGCUACAUCGCCUUUUGGGACGAGGUGACGUUGGAGGUCCAAGGCGCUGCGGGGUUCGUUCGCGAUAGGGACACGCGGAAGAUCGGGCGGUGGCGCGUUGUCGUGGUCUCCAACCUGCCGUUCUCGGACCAGCGGCGCAACGGCAAGAUCCCCAAGAUGCUCGCGCACCGGGUUAUGCCAAACCUUCGGUACUCCAUUUGGGUGGACAGCAAGUCGCAGUUCCGGCGGGACCCGCUGGGCGUGCUGGAGGCGCUGCUGUGGAAGACCGGCAAGCAGCUGGCUAUCAGCGAGCACGGCGCGCGCAGCUGCGUGUACGCCGAGGGGGAGGCCGUCGUGCACAAGCACAAGGCGGGGCCAGAGGAGGUCAAGCGCCAGCUCGAUUUUUACCGUGCAGAGGGCUUGCCUGAAAAUGCCACAUUUGACGGGAAGAAGGCCCUGGCAGAGGCGUCAGUGAUCGUGCGGGAGCACUCUCCACUGGCCAAUCUCUUCAUGUGCAAUUGGUUCAAUGAGGGGGUCCGCUUCACACCUAGAGAUCAGUUGAGUUUCGGUCAUGUCCUCAGGAGAUUAGACUCGCUUCACAUCAAAAUGUUCCCUGUGUGCACAAGAAAAGCUCUCGUCAACUCGAUAGGGCACACUCGGAAGGCGAAGCCACUAUCAAAAGUAGAGGAUACAUAAUGGGGGAAAACCAGUAACGAGGAGUGUAAGAUUUAUUCGUACAAAAGAAAUGAGGUCUUCUUAUAGACACAAGUGCGCGCGCUAUUACUUCGUGUUCAUCACAAGUACUUGCAACACCUCAAGUUCGGUAGCCACAGCGCUCGAACAUACAUCCUGAUCUAAGCUUUGGCAAUCGUGCUCUACUAUUGUCACAACCAGCCA